GCCACUGCAUCACCACUCCUUCUGAGAAUAAAUUGUUCCUAAAAUCCAACCUGAACAUCCCCUGGUGCAACUUAGUUCCUGGGGACUUGGCUCUUGGUGAUGAGUUGGGAUGAGGGCAUGGCUCAUCAUGGGAGGAGCCGAGGACUGGAAGGAGCUCAGGCUGUGUCUGCUGCAUGGGUCUGUGCAUCCUUUGCUCCUGUGACACAAUAGGAGGUUUGGUGACUUCUCCUGUGCACGGGAGCUGGUUAGGGCUGUACCAACCCUUCUGCCCAAAGCAGGUCCCAGGCCCUUGGUGGGCUUUGGGAGCGGGUGUCAGUCACCAGCUCACUUGCUGUUGGCCUAAGUGUGAUGGGGAACAGCCAAAACCAUUCUCACCAUCAUCCGUCUUCUGUGGAGCUGCCAUCAGCAGUGCUGGAAGGGAACUGAAGUUUUUGGGCAACCAUGCCAGGGACUGAAAAUACUUCUGGGUUCCCAGCAGGGCCUCCACAAUGGCAGGAAGUAACUUCUACAGCUUCCUUUGGAUACACGGGCCUUUGGGGGAAAGAUUUACUUGCUUGUUUAUGCUGUAAGUUGAUCUAUUUAGUGGGCUUGGCAUAAGGCUCACAUAAAGCCCUCUGGAAUGAUCACGCUGCCUGUGUGCAGUGCUUUGUCUCUUACUUGCUUUGUUUCACAGCUGGAGUAAUCAGGCAGAGGUGGAGCCAAUGGAAAUCUCACAUGUAAACUUGUUUUUCUGAAUAGGCUGAAAGGAAAUAGUGUGGGCUCUUAUUGCCCUUCAUCCCGAGGGGGUCGGAGGAAAGGCUGUGAGGGGCAGAGGUUGGGGUCUGCACCCAAAGGGACCCUUGGGUGGGUGGGCUCUGCGCUCCUCUGCUCAACUGAGGCACGAGGGUGGUCCAUGGCCCCACCAGAGAUGACAGAUGGUUUUGCAGCAUUAAAAAAACACAUAAAAGGGAACCCCAAGAAAUAGUGAAGCAGUGUAGCAGAGCAGGGAGAAGCAAGAUGUGUUCCUGUGAGAGAAACGAGAAGUCUUAGGGAGAAUUUGGAGAGGCAGAAGAAAGUGCUGAGUUGGUGGAAUGAAGAAGAGCCAAUGGGAUUUUUUUUGCUACAUCGUGGUAUCGCUGCUUCCACUUGUUUGAUGCUAUCCUAAAUACACUAGUGCACACACCUGUGACCUUCCACUGUAAAAACACGGUGCUUUCCCUGAGGGUCAUGCUCAAAGGAGCCACAAGUACCCAGCAUCUGCUCUGGGAAGCCUAUGAGUUGAGAUCCAUGCCCAGAGAUGCCCAGAGUACUGGGCUCCCUCUCAAGAAGAAGACAUAGCUGCAUGCCUUUGGGAAAUUCUCCCUGCUGAACAUGGAAAUACCUGGAGACUUGUCCCCCUUUGGCCCACUGACUGACCUUUGGAGGCCUCCCAAAGGUUGUGAUCCACUCCCCUGGGCUGAAGUCAGCCUGGGGAGCACUGGGAGGAACCACCCAAGCUGCCACUUCUCUGCCAAGUUCUACCUUCCCUGCUGUGCUGACGACAGAGCCCAGCUGGGCUGUGCCAGAGCCCAGUGCUCUCUCCUACCUGCCUCUCGCUGGGGCUUCACUUGGCUCUGCCUGUCGUCAGCUGUGGUGUUGGGUGAAACUUCAACCUUUGCUCUCUUGAUCAAGGCUGAUAGGAGCUAAAAUUAACUCUUGCAUCAUGUGGUGAGGGGUUUUCAUAAUCGAUGCCAGGAACAAGCACGUUUCCUCUCUGAAAAGUGAGUAUGCCUAACUGGUCUUUUCUUACUCAGAUCAGAUGUGUGUCAUUUCUGCUGAUUUUUGAUGAGAAAAACAGAGGCUUUUCUUACACUGGCUGAGUUUUGUCCAGCCCACGCAGUCCUUAGUGUGGUUAUGGAUGGGGCUGGGGGUGCUGAUGCCUCUUGCACCCCUCAAAGACUGACUAGGAGCAGGUCUGGAUGCUAGGGAGAUGCAGAUGCUGCUGGUGGUAGGGCUGCCUUUGUGCAAGAGGAGAGGUCAGCGUGGCUCUGUGCUCCUGGCCAGAGGGAGCCUCGAGCUACCAAAACCUGCCAGCUUUGGUCUGGUGCUCUGGAAGGUGAGGAAACUGUUGAUAAAGAAAAGAGAGAAGGGCGAACAGAGUAGGGCUGGGAUUUUUUUUUUUUUUUUCUUCAUUUGUUACUUUUUUUUUUUUUUUAGGAAGUUACAGUUUGGUGUCAAGAUGUACUUUACAAUGGUGAAAUCCAUGAACUUCCCACUGCUGGCCACUCAUCUGGCUGAGGCAGGGGGGUUGGCAAGGCAACAGGACAGGAGGACUGUGGAGGGUCUGUCCUUGGCUUUGGGGCAUGGACCAACUCUGCCACUUCCACUCGAUGCAAGUCUCUCUGCUCAUUAUGCCCUUGAUGACACGGAUGGCAUUACUAAUUCUCUUCCCCUUUCCAGCAGCUGUUUUAUGAUCACAUUCAUCCCAUUUCUUUGCUCCCAGCAGCAAAGUGUUUUCUCCCUGUCCUUCAGUUUGAAGCUUGUGAGCUUUUAGUGAGUACUAUUGGUGGUGAUAGGUGGAUGGUUGGACUGGAUGAUCUCGAAGGUCUUUUCCAACCUUGGUGAUUCUGUGAUUCUCUGAUUCUUGUCUUUCAGCAUGACCUUAGAGAUCUCACACCUAAAUGAUUCUAUUAUUCUUGCUCCAAGAACAGGACUUUUACAGUUUCCUUCAGAAAUCAUUGCAAAAAGUAAUAGACUCAAAUCAAACAUUAGCAGGGGGACACACUCUUUCCUGUGCCUCUCACUCCCCUGAAGCUUGGUACUUGAGCAGUUUAAGAGCAUUGUGGCACAGGAGCUAAAAAUGAGAUAUGAAAGGUGCAAGGCCACGCUUUGAGCUUGCCAAGACAAUGUCUUGCCAAUGGCUAGAGCAUCUCUGGUUGAAAGGACCUGCAGUGAGCAAAAAGAGAAAUGUCUUUUUGGAGAAAGAAAGAAGGCACCAUCACAGCUUUUCUCAGCGAUGGCUUGGUGGGACUAAUUUAGAGAUUCUUAUUUCUUGUAUCAUGGCUUUAAAGGGGCAGCGAGUGGAAUUCCCCUGCUGUCUGUUUGUCAAGAGUACACUAGAUCCUGUCCUGAAUAGUGGUGACUGCAGAAAAGAACAUUUUAAAAACGAUUGGUGAGGAAGUCUCAGCCUGCAGACUGGGCAGUCGGUGGGGAGCUCUGCAAACAUCUCUGUGUGGGACACUCAAACUGUGCUGCUUUCAGUUUCCCAUCAGCGUUGCUGCUGGGUUCUGAUGCUGGCCCUGGUCUCCAUGCCACUGCCAUGACAUCUACGUUUGCAUGGCUGACAUUGCAGCGAGGGAAUCUCUUGCUUGUAGAAAGUCCCAGAAUAAUUUGUGUCUUCAGCUUGCGUGAGUCUGCAUCACAUGCUAUUUCUGUUUCUCAAGAAAAUGCAGUUACUCCAAAAUGCGAGCUGAAUGUGGGAGCAGUCAGCAUCUGAUUGUCUUAGUCCAGGUCAAGCUGCAGAAUAGCUGCAAAAUGCUGCAGUCCUCACUCAAUUUCUGCUGAGUUUAUGUCUCUGGGAGGUCCCCUGGCUUCCGAAAACUGCUGCUGGUCUGCUCAGGGCUAAGGAGGGUGGCUGUAUUGCCCUGCUGUAAUUAACUACCCAUGGGUACCAGCCCAUGAGUGGUUGUUGUUCUCGUGUCUCCCAUCAGCUCCCAUGUGACCACAGAGGUGGACAAAAGUUCUGCUUUAUUUUCACCCCAUGUCUUUGUGGAUUGGCUGGAUUGCAGUUUCCACAUUGCUCUUACUGAACAUUGCUGGGACUACUUUUCUCUCGCUUCCUCCCCUUGCAGCUCUGACUGCCCAGGGCCAAAUUCUGAAAACAUCAGAGGGGUUCCUCAGGGGAUCCAUGAAUCUGAUGGUAUCCCCUGCAAAUGAGGGUGACAGUGGUUCAUGCUUCUUUACUUGGAAGAUGACAAAAGCAUUGGGAUAGGCUGUCCAGAGAGGUAGUGGAGUCUCCUUCUCUGGAGAUAUUUAAAAUCCUCCUGGACACUUUUGUGCACAGCCUGCUCUGGGGAACCUGCUUUGGCAGCGGGACUGGGAGGUCUCCAGAGGUCCUUUCAGAGCCCCUGUAACUGUGAUUCUGUGAUUCAAAUCAGGACAGCUGCUCAUCGUUUUGCUUCUGAGAUCAUCUUUCUCUUAAAUAGCUGAGAAUUGCCCAGAAGCUGCUGGCAGUGCCAUCAGCCCUGGCAGCUCUGAGGCCAUGCAGGUUCGGGUACCUGUGUCUCCACGCAGCUGGAAGCAGCAUGUUGUUCUGCAUGCAGCCAGGUGUGGCCUCUAGUCAAGCCUGGCUGCAAACUCAACCCACUUCCAGCUCCAACACCGUAUUCUGCAGCCUGUUUUGCCUUGCUAUCUCUGCUCAGGCUUAGGAGGAUACUUUUAUCUGCUCCAUAACAUGGAAAUGAUCUCCUGCUGCAGCUCCCUGGAGCUGGAGGCUUGUCAGUAACACUGUGAUGAGAAUGAGAAGCUCAUUACCAGCAGAAAUGCUGGUUUCACUCUGAAGUCACUAGCAUUUUGCUGUGGUUGACUUCUGUACGUGUACUAAUGCAUUUCAUCUGUGAAUGGCUCCAUGAAAUUGACCUUAUUAAAGCACAUACUUUGUUUUCAAAGGUCUCUGCUGUAACAGCAGAAAGCCAAGUGGCAUGCUUGUGAGGAUUUCUUGGGUCAGUGACUUACUGACCCAAGAGCUGCUCCUUCCAGCACUCCUCCCCAGAGGCCUGGGGAUCUCAAGUAGACAAAGUUUGCAGAAAUGUUGACUUCUGCUUUUGUUUGUUAUGAAUCAAGUCUGAGGGUGAAAGAAGUGUAAGCUAAGCUGAGCGUAUUGCAAUAUCCAUGUUUCCAUUAUUGCACUAUCUGAGCUUGUUGCAGGCUCUGAAACGUUUGGUCAUGCAACUGCUGGGUAAGGAAGGAAGUGUUGUUAUUCCUGCUUUGCAUGUGGGAAGCAGCUUUGGGGGAUAAGAAUGGGAGCUGUCUUGCACAAGGAUAUGCCUGCCUAAAAAUUGGGGCCUCUAAAGUCACUGAGUCUGCUGGCUGCUCCUGGAAGGGUUCAGUCUGGAUGGGAUGGGAUGGGAUGGGAUGGGAUGGGAUGGGAUGGGAUGGGAUGGGAUGGGAUGGGAUGGGAUGAGCUGACUGCUGCGUUAGGUGCUCUGUCUGUCCAUAGCUGUUGGCCUGCUUAGAAAUUCACCUCAUUUUUGCAGAGGUAAAGUUGCAGGGGAUUAAUCCCAUCUCUGGGUUGGACCCAGAGUAGAGUGGAUGUGGAUUCUCUAAAGUCACCAGAUCAGUCUGUUGCUCAGUUGCCUUGCUUCAUGCCUUGAAUUCCAUUGCUUUUUGACUGGAUGAUAACCCUGAAGUCACCAGCCUUAAACACCUUGAUGUAAGAAACAAGAUGCUGACUUUUGGCCGGUAUUCCUUGCCUUGAAAUGGUUGUACAGCAGAUUCACAAAUGUAUUUGUGGUGUAAAGGACUUUCCUCAUUCACUGUGUUGGUAAGAGCCUUCAUGGGGAUGCCAGCAGGGCCGUGGUGCUCAGAGAAGAGGCUGAAAACCACUCUAGAAGAAAGGGCAUCUAACAGAACAGUUAGAUUGAACACUGAUUGUCCUGCUCAAUCCAUUCUGGAUGUUUCUGGUGUUUGUUUUGGGCAGAUGGCAUCCUGUGUGCCCAGAGCCUUCCAAGACAUCCCACCUCGUGCUGGCUCCUGCAUGUCCUGUUUUCUCAGCAACUCCCAAUGAGGUGCAAAUUAUGGAUGUUGCAUUAUGACCUUGUGACUGUCAGCCUGCGCCUUGCUGCUAAUUAAUGCAUUGUAAUUCCUGUGCUAGUAGAUAUUGCCUCUAAAAAUAUCUGGAGGUGCCUCACUGGUAAGGUUACAGCAAUAGGUUUUAAGCAGGCAAUAUGCUAAACACUUUCUGGCUGUCGUGUAGGAAGAAGCUUCUUGUAGUGAAGCUUAGCAAGAUCCUUAUGGGAAGGGAGAUGGGAGAUUUUGUCCUUUAAAGAUGACAUUUCUGUUGUUGUCAAGGGAAAGCCAAGUUAUUGCAGCUGUAAUGAGAACAGUGUUUAACUGUUGGAGUAAUCCUUGGAGCUGCUGUCCAGAUUGAAAGCAAGACCCAAGUGGGUGAGGUGUGUGAUUCCUGGCCUUCAAACACGUGCUGGGCAAGAAAAUGGAAAGCCAGGAGCAAAGGGAUGGAAGGAGGCUUUCCCCCAGUGACUGGUUGGUUGUAGCUCUUUGGGGGCUGCAUGAGCCCAACCAAGCUGUGUGUGCUGCAGUUUAGGAGCAGCAAUAGAAGUCAUUGCUUGGAUCUGGGCUGCAGCUUUUGCGCAUGGUUCCCUCCCCUCUGCCGAGCUUUGCACCCUGCUUUGCUUUGCACUUGCUUAAAUGCGACUGUUAGGCUUCCUGGAACUCUCUGGCCCAAACCAGAGCCCUUUGCACGCUGCCAGCCCGCAGCACGGUGUUGUGGGUGCCACGUGUGGCCCUCGGAUGUGGCAGGAGUAUGAAAUCAUUGUCCCAAAUAGGAAAUGGUGGCACAACUUCCCCCAGCUCCAGGGCACUUCUCCUUUUGGCAGCAGCAUGAGCGGGAAGGUGAAGUAAGAAGAUCUCUGUAGAAAAUGCAGAAGUGCAGGUUGCUCUUGGAAACUGUCUCGAGGGGCAAGAACUGAGAUCCAGCCGGUGGGGGGAGGAUGCUCCUGGGGGGGUUCAUGGCUUCCACCUCAGGUGGGAAGGAAGGAUGUUCAGUGCACAGUGACAGGCACAGUCUCUGCACUGGGGAUCUGCUUUCUUCUGGCAGUUCCUAUCCUCCUUGUGCUGUCUGAGAGGUCCCCUGCUCAUGGCACACUGCCUGGUCCCAUGGGGUUAUUCCCUGUUUCCUGUGCUGCUGCAGCAGCGAAGGGAUCACCCACACCAGGGCUGCAUUCAUUCAGAUGCCAUCAGCUGCUGGGGAAGGACAGAGACUGCCGGGGCUUUGGCUGGAAUUUUUUUUGACCUCAUUUGGUUACUGAGCCCUGUGCACCCAGCAGUAGGGUGAGAAUACCAGUGGGAAAGUAUCUUAUGCAAAAAUACCUAAAGCCCAUGCAUUUCCAGAUUCAAAGAUGACUUUCCAAGGUCACAGGGUAGGUCCUGCAGUACACCCUGUGCCACAUCUGCAAAGUCCUUGAGCACAACUCAGCCGUGGCAUGAGGCAGCUGAUGGAGAGCAUGAAACUGUAGGGUCAGGAUGAGUGCGCUGGGAACAGGGGGUGUGUUGAAGGGAUGUUAUAGCUGAAGAUGACUGAGGAUAAGGUUCCAACACCUUGUCAUGGGCCAGUAUGCAACCAAAGUGUCCCUGUGCAGAUGUGGUAUUUCUGUAACUUGUGCUUUCCCUACAUGAGUUUUUCUACAGGAGAAGGACUGGCCUGGAUAUAAGAUUAUGGAACAUAUAUGUAUGUGUGUAUAUGUGUAUUUGCACUGUAUGUAUACGAAUAUGCUAGAUACAGAAUGUUUGUAGUCUUGGUUAGAAGUGUCUGUCCAGUCCUGCUUGCAUGUGCUUGCUGACAUUUUCCAACAUGCCAAAGGUCCUAAUCUAGUUCUGCUUCCAGCAGAGUGCUGAGCUACUUGCAGGGCUGGUCUGUUCUACUCCAAGUUGAAGUGGUUGAGCCCAGAGGCAGUGUUCACACCAAGCUGCUGGGGUGGAUGUGGGACUGCAAACAGGCAGAGCAGUCCAAAUAAACACAGCUAUUUGGAUUGCUUAGAUACUGUCUGUCAGUGUCCAGUUCGCUGCUGAGACUGCUGACCCUCUCAGAGGAUGUUUUCACUUAUGACAGCAUGAAGGGCGCUGGUCUGUAGCACUGGAUGCCGAUCUCUUGUAUCCCAAUCUUAAUCUGCAAAACUGGGGAUGCUGCAAUGGUGGGGAGCAACCCUACAAGUUGAGACCACCAGAGAUGAAGCAAAAGCUUCCAAUGGUGGUGGGAAAAAAGGUUUUGCAUGCACAGGGCUGAGCUCUGCUCCCAAAGGCAGGAGGCAGGUGGGAGAAGGUGCCCGCCUGUAGCCUGGGUCUGUGCUGGGUGAGCUGUGCUGGGGGAUGGGCUGCUAUGGGAGUGGGGAGCACUUCCAGCCUGGCACUGUCUGAAGGCUCAAGGUUUCAAAGCCAUUUUCUUCCCCAGCUCUAAUUUUAACAGCCUCGCUUGGGAUAAGUGCUUUGAAGCCUUAAUUGCAAUUAUGAAUCUUCCUCUGUUCCCAGCUUUCCCCUAAUUGGCUUCCUGUGAGAAUUUACAAAGCUGGUAAAAACAAAACCCUCUGGUUUGGUGAGGGAGGCAGUGCUGUGAGAUUGCUGAGCCCAAACACAGCGCGGCUCAGCCGGGACUUUGCGCUGCUGUGCCACGAGCAGAGCCGAGCCGGGCACUCACAACAGUGCCAUUAUACAGAGCGUAAGCUGAUUUACAUGCUUGCAUUUGGAAAGUGCUAAUCUGUUUAGAUAUUUUUUUUUUCCUUCUUUUUUUUCUCUUUUCACCCCUCUCUAAUCUUCUGCGGGCCCUGCCAGGUUCCCAGCUCCUUUGGCUGGAAUAGGGCCCCAGCUCAAUCCUUUAUCUGUCUAUUUGGCAGCCCCUGGUGAAGUCGUUAGCGAACGAAUGACACUUUUUUUUUUUUUUUUUUUUUCCCUGCUCAUUAAUUAGAUUUACAGAGCCGAGCGGCUGCUGCAAAAGUCUGGGCAAGGCAGUUCUGUAUUUUGUUUCUUAGGAAUUUGGGUUUUGAAAACUACCCAAAGCUUUGCGUUGGUUCUGGUGCUGGCGGUUGGAUGUGCAGCUCCGGUGCGUGUGCUGCUGCUGGGAACACGUGUCCGCUCACACACAGCUCCAUUCCUCCCAUCUGCUGCUGCAUGAGCUGUUCUCAUCCCUCUCCAUCGUUUUUUUGCUGCUGGAGGAUGGGUGUCUGGGUGCUGAGCUCCUGAGGUGCCCGCGGCAGGAUAUCUUGGUUAAGGCAAGUGGUUUUGUGGGUUGCAAAUAACCUCUGUGACAUAUCACUGUUUCUUUUUUCAUUUAAUUAUGCAUUUCGGUGUGUCCUGCUUUGCCAGCUCUACCUGCCGAGGUUGUAAACGGGAUUGGGAUGACUACGUCAGGAAUUAGAAAUAAGGGGAUGGAAAGACCACAGUGCCAUCAUUCCUCUGCCAAUGAAUCCCAGAUGGGGUUGCUGGGUGUGCUGCAGCAGGGCCUUGCUUCUGCUCUGGAAGGAGGAAACUGAGGCACGGAGAGGUCACUCGUCAUGCCUUGGCAUUGGGUUCUUGGUUUCUAUUGGGGGCUUUCGGUUCCUUUUGUAACCACUAGACAGCUCUGUUCUCAGCUCAUGGGGUUCCAGUUGGUGGUGCCCAGGCGCUGGGCACUCUGUGGUACCACUCCAUGCUGCCAUCACUUUCAUCCCAUUUAUAAACAGACAACUGGGAUGCUCUGAGUGUGGUGCGGCCACACUGCUGCUUAAAGUGAAUUCACCACGGUGAACAUUUGAGGGCUCUGAAGAGAGAAGGAUUCUUGACAGGUGUUGGAAGUCGCAGUCAGUGCCAGCUUCAUCAGUCAGCACUGAGGGCAGCGCUGGCUGUGCUGCUUCCCUCAGCUCUGGAUUCAUCCGCUUCAGGGCUGCAUGGGACCAGGCUGGCUGCAGGCAAACCCAAGCAUGGAGCUCACGCUCUGCUCUCCUCAGCUGUCUGCUGGCUCUUCUCAAAGUAUUACAGGAUUUGCCUCAGCUGAUGCAAAAUCCAAGCGCAGCCUUUAGAGGUGGAGGACUGCAUCUGCUUGAAAGAGUUUUGUAGGGGAAGAGCUGAGGGAGGGGGUCAGAAAUAACUGCAAAAUGUAAAAAAAAAAAAAAGCAACAACAACAAAAAAAAGCUGUGAGGAAAAGCAAUUUGCACUUAGCCCACUUGAGAAUUGCCCUCCCAGAAAUGUAGUGAUGCGAUGCUUAUCUACAGAAAGGUCCCACUGGCGGCAGUUUGCUGUUGGGGCAAAUUGCCUGCUAAUUUCUACUCAAGCUAGCCAAUUAGUCAGCUCAUUACACCUUCCUGACUGGUCUGGCGAGUGCAGCCCAUUGCCAAGGGGACAGGAACUUCCCAGGGAGGUGUCGGAUCAGAUUGCUGUGCCUUUUGAUCUCUCUGGUGUCUGGCAGAGGUGAGACAUGAGCUCCAACUGUCAGACCCGGAGACCCACUUCUUUGGAGCCAAUGAAGACAAAAGCAAAGAGACCUCUUGGGGUUUCCCUGGAGGUCAGAGGGAAAGGAAAUGGGUCACUGCCAGGCAGGGAGAACAGAAGGGGGAUCCGAAAGGUCUGUGCUAUGAGCCAGCAGAGCAGGGAUCUCGCUUUGCUGAGCCUCUGCUCUUCUAUUUCUAUCAGUAGUAUCUAUUUCCAAGAUAGUAUUAUUUCAUAUAUUCAAACAAUAUGUUAUUUCCAUUUGUUAUUAUUUCCAAAAAUGCCCUUUGAAGCACCUCUCACAACCACUUCCAAGUGUCUGCCUCCAUGUGUCCUGAGCUGUGAGUGUCGUAGAUGAAAUGGAAAGGGUGGAAAAGCUGAGAAAAGCUAAGGAUAAAUGUAACGGAUGCAUUCCAUGCAGCUCACAGAGGGUGUAACACGCUGGCUUUAAGUUGGUGGCAGGAUCCUGGUGGGGCUCGUGUCCUUCCACCACCUUCCUCUGUUCCACUUUGCCUUCCCCACUGGCUGUGGUUCCAUUGCUGCACAGAUAGCAGUACGUUUCCUUCCUUGAAGGAGUGAUUUGAGAAUAAAGGCAUUAAGUAGCAUACAAGUCUGGUGCUGAGGGAGUGCAGGGAGUGAAUAAUUCCCAAAUACUGCCAUUCUGGUGUGCAAUUUUGGGUGCUCCAGUGGGUGGCUGUGGUGACCGGGUAUAGAGGUGGAAAUGGAGCAAAAGCUGAUGGGAAGGGGCACGUUUGAGGUUGGCUCCCAUACCAAGAGGGGGCUGAAGGCUGGCUCAGGGUGCAGGGUGGAACUGGAGGACUGUAGGGUAGAAGCCAAGAUGAAAGUCAUCAGAAUCAGGCAGGGACUGCAUGAAAAGAUGUUCAAUUGAGCCCUUUUGGGGAAUCAACUCUGACUUGCUAAAAAUACAGCUUUUGGUAGCCUGGCCUGGCCAGACAUGUUUGUGAGUUUGUGAGCUGCAGCUGGAGCACAGCUCGCUCCCAUCUGGGCUUGUGGGUUGGGAUUGGCAAGGCUUCACUCCUUCAGUGACUGCUGCUGGUGUCAGGGGUGGCUGGCCCUGUCCCAUGCUAGGCUGCCCCAAAUUGGCUCCAGGCUCUCCUCUGGGUGAUCUUGAGGAGGGGAAUGCAGCUGACCCUGCUCAAGGGCAUCAGUGCUGGGAUGGGAGCAUGGAGGAAGCAAGAGUGCUCUGCUUGUGUUGGUGUCCUAUGUCCUUCAGGAGUAUGGUCCUUCCUGAAGGUUGGUGGGCUUUUCUGGCUUGCUGGGAAUUAAACCCAAGGAGCAUCAAACCCUCAGGCUCUCUCUCCAUGGGUCACCUCUUGGACCCACAUACCUUUUGGACCACUGUCUGUGUGUCUUGGUGAGAGAAGGAACCCAGGCCAUGAGCUCCCAGUGAUGUGAGAGGUUUUUGCUGGCAGCAUCCUCCUGGUGAAAUCAGCAUUCCUACCCACCUCCUGCCUGGGACCAGGUGGAGCUGGGUGUCUGCAGAACACCCAGCUCCAGCAAUGUCCUUAAAGAUGCCAUCUGCAAUGAGGAUUUGGAUGACACUUUGUGGAUUGGCUCCCCUGGAUGGAUGCUGGUGACAAAUCCCAUCAUCACUCAAACUGGUCUCCCAGUAUGGGGAGCUGGUGGUUUCAUCCCAAGAGAGGUGAGUGUCAGCUUUGGGUCUGGGAGUAUGACAUGUGCCCAGGGCUGUGCCUUCUCACUGGGGCUCCUGUGGGUUAACUCCUGAGUUAAUCUCUGCUCCGAAUUCAACUUAAACAUUGAAGGGUUAAAGGCUUUCUUCAGGGCUGGGGUCUCUGUUCUUUUAUUAGAUAACAGAACGAACAACGCGAAGCACUGAGCUGGUUCCUGCUUCAAAGCAGUCUGUCAUUCAGAGCAGGUAUCGCCAUUGCAACACAAUUUUAGAACAAAGAAAGAAAACAGAGACAAAACUAAAAACAGGAACCAGCAGAUAAACAAUCCGCUGGUGCUGCUGUGCUGAGCCGAGCUCCUUCCUGCUCUCAGCCAUCUGGCAGGUCAGCGCAGGGGUCUGGGGGGUUCAUUGGGCCUGGCUGUCCUGCUUGGCUCUUCCCAGUGGGGAAGCCAGCUGGGAAAUGGUUGAAAAGCUUCUCCAUUCAUAGAAUGAAAUAAAUAAUGAUAAAUAAAACCAAAGAACCUGCAGCACUGCGGUGUGAGCAAAGCACCUGGCUCUCCUCUUCCUAGCGUUCCUGGGAGCAAUGCCACAGGUUCACCACUCUGACUUGGGUGAGAUGUUUCUCCCAGCUGUGUUUGUGAGGUUGGCAUCUGGCUCCAGCCCUGAGAAGCUGAAUGUUGCCAGAAUUUCCAUAAAAGGGGUGCUGGUGAGCCGUUGAGAGCAGGAGUGUGAUCAGAGCUUAGGGCUGCAGCUGCCUGGGGCUGCUGGGAUGGGAAAUGGGCACAACAGCAUCUCUGGUGGCUGGUGCCUGUUUGGUACUGGUGUCCCUACCCAGUGCCAUGGAAAACUGGUGUCAGACUGGGCCCAGGAAGGCUGACUCAGUGGGGGUCUCUUAGCAGUGAGAACCGAAAUACCCGUGCAUGGAGGAGGAAAAUAUUUUAUUUGAUCUGAAAUUACAAGUUUCAUCUACUUGUGGCUUGAUUUUUACUUUCAGGGUUGCAGUCAGAUGAGUGUGAAUGCUGUUUCAAAAUGAUGGGCUGCCAAGUUUCAUUCUGAGCCCUUGAGGACCCCCUCCCCCCACUCCUCCCCUUGUGCACCCUCCGUGCAGAUGCGUUUUGCUGGGGUUCAGUCCGACUCGCUGAGGAGCUGGCUCACUCUGAAGCAGUUUAUCUGCUUUAUUCUUUCUGCCAAGUUUCUUGCAGCCCUCUUAUUGCUGCUACCGUGAUUUAGCUUGCUAAACCCACAGCCCUCUGAAAACUUGACCCUAGGCAGCAUCUCUAACAUCACUGGGGCAAUGGACUCGGUUCUGUCAAUGUGAGUCUGGCUCCCAGUGCUUUGAAUCACGGCUGAGGCUCCAUCAGCUCAAAGACAGAACAGGUGUGCUGUAUUAGGGCUGAGCAUCUUUAUUUUUUCCCAUGGAGCCUUCAACUUUGAGUCUGAAAUGAAAAGCAAUGGCAGUGUGCUGGAGGUUUUUUGCCCUUCUGGAUUUUACUUUUCUGGUGUUCUCAGCGUCUUCACCCCAUGAGCCUUAAGCUCUGGCUGCUAAUACGGUAAUCUUAGGGAUGGAAUUUGGGAAAUCCCAUUAAAUAAUUCCCCUUGCAGCAUCGCGAAUGGCUCAGAUGGAGGCAUUAGCACGGAGCUGACGUGUCUUAGGCAUUCCUCAGCUUCCUCUUGGCUUUCCCUUCUCAUCACCUGAACUGGGCCAGCUUAGCGACGGCCGAGCAUGGCAAAGCUGUGCUGCAGGGAGCUGCAUUAACACAACCGCAGCCCCGACCCCAGCUGUCCCACUUCAGCAGCUCAGAGCGCUCCUCCCCAACCAGCAGACAGCCUCCCGUCCCCUGCCCGACUCUCUCAGCGGGCUGCGGCUGUGCAGAGUCGAAAUCGAGUCCGCCGCUUCCCACGGCUGCACCGCUUGUGCUUUCUAUGCACGGGGACGGGCAGGGCGCUGCGUUUCUUUAUUUGGUGUUGCCGCCCGGGGCUACGUGAUGCUGAACGCUGCCGGCUCCGACAUCACACACCGCACAUGUGGGAGCUUCGUGGUUAUUCCCCUCCUCCCUUUCUCCCCCUCCCUGCUCUUGCCUGGUGGCAAUGCAGCCUCGCAGCUUGCUGCGUUUCCCUGGGAGCAAAGCGUCGCUGCUGCAGGGCUGGAGAAGUUGCACUGAGCAAUAAAUCAGCUCUGCCCAGACCUUAAUUCCUCCCUUCCCUCGGCUCCCCUGCCCAGCUCUGGGCAUGUGAUGCUCCCUGUCUCCAGGUUUUGGCUGCUUUAUGACAUCUGGGAUGCUUUCUUGAUGGACUUGCUGUUGCAGACAGAAGACUGGAUGCAAAACCAGAAGUUGCUUGUGAUGGGGAAGUGGCUCUUUGCCUUCAUUCUGCUCCUCCUGGGUGACUUUUUCUCAUCUCCAGCGAGGAUGAUGCUCCAGCCCUUGGCUGCCCUGGUCUUCCUAUUCCUUUCUAGGCGGGGGACCCCCCUCACCUCCUGACCAGAGAUGUUUUCAUUCUGCUUCACAGUGGUGUGCUGUGGCCCCGGGCCAGGAGAGCAGCAAAAAUGAUGGCCGUGCAGCUGCUGGGAGCUGCUUAGCACUCGAACCAUCCUGCAGUUUGCUGCUUAGGGAUGCUGUGUCCCAGCUGUGGGCUUAUGAGGUACCCCUGACUGUGCCUUGCCACAGAGCCAUUUCCUUUGGCAAAUUUGUAUUGUGAAGUGGUCUGGACUUCUUUCUGUAAAGAAGCCUAAGUGUUCUGCAAACACUUAAUGUCUGGGUCUACGGUUUGUCUCAUCCAGUCCAGAUCUGCUUAACUACCUUUAGGUGCCCUUUAAUAUUAAAAGGUCUCUGAAACCACUGUUGCACGUUAGGUGCUUCCCCUGUCUGUGAUGGGAGUCUCUCAUUCAGCCCCGUUCUCAGGCACAGUGAGAGCAAGGAGCGAGCUCUAUGUUUUAGUAAGCUUUCCAGUUCUCAUGACUGCUGGUGGAAAUGAGCCUUUGCAGCUCAGCAGGACAUCACUGCCCUUCAGAAAUGGGCUGUUCCAGAUGCUGAUGGGCUUUCUCAGCACUGUCCUGUCCUUCCCAAUGGAGAUACAUCCCAGUAGCUGGAAACCUCAAAGAUGGAGUUUGUCAGUGAUGAACGAAUGCUUAUUCCUGGCUGUAGUUCUGCACACUCCAUGUGUCCAUGUUUUCCUGUGUUCCUCAUUUAACACAACAGCAAUUUCAUCUUUAUGUGGUUUUGGUUGUCUCAAAAUCUCCCUUGGUCUUGAUGUCUCUAUCACAAGUGCACCACUCUGGAUUUUUCUCCUUGGUGUUGCUUUGUGCAUCCUACUUCCUCACCACCAAACCCCUGAGUCUGCAUUGCUCCUUGAGGCUGUUUCUGCUCUGGUUCGUCCUCUGGUACCCUGAUGGCAGCAAGUAUUCACAACAAUAGCCCCAAUUGUAUUUGGUCACCCCUCAGUGUGCCUUUCCAGCCCUGAAAAGGAGGGAGGGGAUAGCAGUACAUCCUUUUUCCUGUUGGGUUUUUUUUUGCUGUUUGUUUGCCUGUUGGUUGUCUUUCACUAUGUGUAAGUACAGCAGAUAGCAUCAGGGGGGCCUUGGUGUGAUUCACGUUUGUCACCUGCCCUGAGUAGUUCAGUUCAGUGCUUCACGGAUGAGAAGAGGGGGCAGUUCUGUAGGUUGCACUUCUCAAGUAACCCAAGGCAAUUUUUUCAGCCUUUGGGCUCAUUCUCAAACCCGUACUUUUACUUGGCAGCAGUAGAGGCGGUGCUCUGGGCAAGCCAACAUGUAGUGGGUGGGCGUGUGGGUGGUUUGCAGGGAUGUGGGUGCUGGCACCCAAGCAGAUCUCACUUGCAUUGCCCUCUGUGGCCUCAUCAGUGGUUGGUGUUGUUGGUUCUUCUGUGCCAGGGUUCAGUAAGAGCUCGGUUUGGGUGUUAUCAGACACGUUUUGGAAAAGAUUAUCCAUGUCAUAGCGUCACAGAAUGAUUUGGCUUAGAAGGGACCUUAAACCCACCCAGUUCCAUCCCUCUGGGCUGGCUGCCUGGUCUUGGGCACUUCCAGGGAUGAAGCAUCCACUGCUUCUAUGGUCAGCCUGUAUCACGGCCUCUCUGCCCUUACAUUGCUUCUCUGCUACAGAGGCUCCCUGGAGGUGAGGUUUUGUAGCCGAAGAAGCGAAGGUCAGUCAUGAUCCCCACCACAGCAUGAAGUGCUGUUACUUCUUGGGUUAAAAGCAGCUUUUCUGCUUGCUCAGCAGGACAGGAACCUGUGGGUCUGUAAGGAAAUAAUGUGGUGCCGGGGUGUUUGCAUGGUACGCUGUCCUUUGCAAGCGCCCCAAAAGGAUGUUUGUCAAACCAGUUGCCUCCAGGAUCUUCUGAUAUGCUGCCUUUGUGCAGCUUGAACAGGCAUCUUAUCACCUCCAUCUUGCUGCUCUUUGAUGCACCAGCGCUCGCUUGAGCUGUAAAUACAUGAUGGUUGAAGUUUGAAUCUUAAAACUUGCAGGUUCCUCCCCUCUUUGCCCUGAUUUCUACAAAGACUUCCUCCAGCUGCUCCUGCUCUCAGCUCUGAGUUUCUAUCUUUGGUUCCUGUGCAUGGUGUAGAGGUGGCAAUAAAAUCCUGCAAGCUAAGGAUAGUUAAAGCCAAGAACUCAGUGUAAUCUAAGAAAAGCAGUGUGUUUUUGUUGAUGGGGCAGAAACCACGCAUGCACCAUCUGCUGCAGUGCAAUGGGGAUGCAGCUCCCAGGGUUCCUGUGCUGCUCUGCUCCUGUUGCACCCUCCAAGGAGGCAGCAGGCUGAAGUACUGCUUAAGGGACAUGACCUUGGCCAAGGUCCCUGCUGAUGCACUGGUAUGAGGACCUUGCCCUGAAAAAUAGCUCUGCUUAGAAUCCAUUUGCUUUAAUUCCCAAUUAAGUGCUUUUCCUUCUCUCGCAGCAUCAGCCCAAGCUCCUUUUUCCUUUAUCCUCAUCAGAAUUGCUGCCCUUUUGUCCUCAGUGCCCUAAGCCCUGCUGCAGCAGUAAGCCAAGUGCUGAGGUUCCUCAGUGUGCUAACCCAUGGGUCAGCAGCUUUGCAAGGCAACCCACAUCUGUCCUUCCAUCCUUCCACCCGCUGCCACUGCCCAUGGACCUGGGCAGUGUGUUCAUGACCUGCUCCUGUGGGUCAAGCACUUGUUUUUCCUUCCAGUUUCCUGCUUGGGAUGCUCAGCCAGUGGCCUCAAAGCAAUCAGGGCAGGAAAGGGAGUUAUCCUGCUGUGAAAGUACCCAGGGGCUUUCUCUGGCAGAGCAGGGCUGUGCUUCCCAAUUCAGAUUUCCCUGCAGGAAGGUGGAGGACUUUCAGCCACAGGAGAUACUGUUUUACAGGAUUUGCUGUUCUGGAAGGGGAGAUCUCAACUUAUUUGAUGUCUGCCUGCAUUUUUCCUCUUUGGGAAGGUGGCUGGGAGCCAGCAGGACGUUGGCUGCAGUGCUGCCUCUGAGAGCAUUGGGGUGGGCAGGCAGGGAUCUGCUUGCUGCUGGGGGCAGUGCCUGGUGUACCCACAGAAGAUGGUUGAAUUCUCUUCACUCCUUCACUUGGGAAGACCAACACUGGAUUUGGUCUUUGAGCAUCUCCUUCUGUUCCCACCUAAGAAUGGUGUCCUGGGCUCCACCACAAUAGAAGGAAAUCAGGGAAGUUCUUUGGACAACAGGGCUCAUGUUGGCCUUAACACAGAAAAGUGCCUCACCGUGCAGAGAGGCAGAUGUGUGCCUCCCAAGUCACCUUCCCACCUGCCUUGUCUCCACCACGUGGAGCUGCUGGUGGCCUCUCUCAUCUCCUUGACUUGGAUGCGCUAAGCAGAGGAGCAGCAGCACUUGGGCACCAAGGGCUUCAGGUCUCCUUUGCUCUAACCCUGAGCUGGAAAGCUGAGAAAAGGAAAGGUUUGAAGGCACGAAAGGCACCAAAGGCAAGUAGGGUAACCGCAGCCUGUCUCAGCCAAGUGGAAAACACAUGUCAUGGAGCUGGGAGUGCCUGAGGGCUCUCUGUGGCCUCAAGAUUCAUAAGCCAGCAGGAGAAUCCGUAAAUAAAUGGACUGAUUUUUUUUGCUUCAAAAACAUCAGGAUUUUGGCAAACCUUCUGCCUGAAAGCAGAAGAACAGCAAUCAGUGAAUCCCCUCUUUCUGCCAAAGGAUGAGUGCUUACCUAUUCAGUGCGGGUUAACAGGAAAAACGUGAUUGCUUUGCCCACCUUUUUAACUGUGACACACGGAGGAAGCAAACUCAAUUGGAAACCUCUGCAUCCAUUUGGGUUGCUGGGACAAUUUCACAGAUGCUUUGGGAUCCUUUGCCCCAUGCUUGUGGCAUUGCUUAAAUUGUUGCUCAUUUCUCCAAAACAAAGUCAUGAGGCAAGAAUGCUCUGUUCUGAAGGAAACCAGAGGGCUCCAGUGUUGUCACAGCAGUAAUGGUGGUGGUGUGAUGCAAGGCUGACAGAGCCAACUGUACUCUUGUCGUGAGGUCCCGUGCGCAGAUCCAUGCUGUGGUUCCUGGUUCUGCUCUUGGUCUGUUCCUCCUGCCACCUCCAUUGGGGCAGUGAUGGAGGAGAUGUUUUCAUGGGCAGAUGUUUGCCUCUGCUAAGCAGCCAUAUGUAUGGACUGGGUGAUGGGAGACAGAGAGGGCUCCAAGUGGAUGAGGUCUAGCUGUGCUGUGAAGAAUUCCAACCCCUUCUGACUGCUGAUGUAGCACAGGGACUUUAUGGAGGAUAAGGAAUGUGCCUGGAGAGCUGAAGGUUUGCCUUCUUCUCCCAGCUGUGCCACAAGUCGCUGUGGGACAGCAGAAAAACUGCUUGAUGUUUCCAAGCAUUGACUUCUCUCUCUUUUAAGUGGUGAUGACAGCUUGCCCAGUGCUGGGAGGCUGCUUUCACAGUGUGCACUGUUACUACUGGAGAAGAGAAAGCAAUCUUGUCUUAGGGACAUCCAGGGCUUGAAGUCACAUAGUUGAUUUGUAGGACAGGUGUCCAACCUGUGAGCAAGGGGCAAGAAGGCAGGGAAACCCACUGCUUCUGCAACAUGCUGCUCUGCUUGGACAUGAGCCAGGCAGUCACCAGCCUUGGUGAUGAGGGUUUUGGGGCACCCCGGGCAUGCUGCAAAACGUAACCACUGCUUUCACCCUGCAGUGUCUGUGCCAUCCCUUCCAAGCACCUCACACCGACCGGCCAGCCUGCAGGGAGGGUCAAGAUCUAACAGCUCUGCUGCUGGGAGUCUGGCUGGAGUUGGGGAGUUGGGGAGAGGACAGAUUUCUGUGGUUUUUUUUUUGUUUUUUUUUUUAAUCAAUGCUUACCCACCCUCCCAUCAAUCUGAACCCUUGACCUUAACCCUGGUUUCUUCCCAGCUCUGUGGGAAGUCCGAUUACAUCCAGAACUGUCCCCUGCCUUGUGUCAUUUUGUCCAGUGUGGGUGGAAAGGAAGGGAGAGUUUGGGGAAUAAACAGCAGAAGAGGUUGAAAAGUUCCCUCUUGCUUGCGGUGAACACACAGAGCUCUCCCAUGAAAGAUGCCUCUGUAAGCACCCCUUGGGUUGAAUCCUUGUGUGGUCCAUAGCACACCAGGGAGAAGAAAACAAAGGCUCUGUGUAUUCUCCGGUUUAGAACGUAAUGAUAAAAUCUUUGUCAUCUUUCGUCCUUAUGUUCCCUGCCUGCUCUGUGCUGAGGCAUUGGGAAGGGGCAGCUGGGCUGGCACAGGGUUCUCCUCAUCACCCUUUCCCUCCGAGAGCUGAGCUGUGCUCCGGAGCAAGCUGAUGUGCAGGAGGUGUAUUUCUGUGAGCGGGGUGUUGGAACGGUGCUGGUGAGUCAUGCCGUGCUCUUAGUCACUGCUUGCACCACGAGUCAUGACUAAGGUGCUGUGCAGCUCCGCUCUCAUUCAGUCCCCAGCACAGCAGCAGGGCGCUUCGCGGGCGUUCCUCACACUGUGGAUGUGCAAAACUUUAGAAGAUGUAAGAAACUGUGGCAGUGGCAGGUGAGGCAGGAGCACGGGAGCCUUCUCAGGGCAAAGGAGAGAUUUCCCGUGCAAGAGGCAGAUGGCUUCACUUUCACCUGCUCGGAGCUGAGGGAUGGGUGAGUGUUGGGACCAGAGCCUCUGCCCUGGGGUGGACUUUCUGAGGGAUUGAUGGCAAUUAGGGGCUACUUAUUAGCAGCCAACAUUGGGCAGACUGGGGAAAUCAAAUAUUUUGGGGUAGCUUUGGGAAAUGUAUGACUGUCCUGGCCAGGCUGACAGCAAAGGUCUCAUUGACAGGUGUCUUUUGUAAUAUUGGCAAGUUUCAUUUCCUUUUCCUGGAAUAUUUUCAUGCACUUGUGCCUCCUGUAACCAAAAGGGGAGAGCCUUUCUCUGUGCGCUGGUGGCAGAGAGGUGACUGUCCCAAGGUCUCUGGGAACAGCAGAGCUGGCACUGCAGGGGAUGCUGGACUCUCUGCCCUGGGAACCUCUUUGCUCAGCAGUGGAGCAGAUCUAAGGAGAGAUUCUGGGCAAAUGGCUUUUGAUUUCCUGAUGUCCCAGCGUUUGGAGUGGGUGGGAUAAAAUCCUCAUGCCCCCAGUGCAAUCUGUCUGAGGUCUGGGCUGGCACCUGAGCCGUGGGGAGAGCUGAGAAGCAGCACUUUGUGAAGGGGGCACAGCCAGACACACAGUCCAGAGUUUCACAAUGCCUGUAGAUGCUGGGGCUGAGCUCCCAUUGAUAUUUUCCAGCAUUGCCACAGGGCCACAUGGCAUCCUGUCUACGUUGGCUGCACGGCAGCAAGGGGACAGUGCUGGAGGCACCAAAGAUGAUCCACGCAUAAUGCAAGCAAUGGAAUCUUAAAGACUGCCAUUGCUUUUCCCCUGCAAGGUUCUGCAGCUGUAAGCAGUGCUAUCUCUGAUGGAGGCUAACCCACAGACAUGUAAGUGGGACUCCAUCUAUGCCGCAGACGGAAGCAAUGAGGCAGCAGAUAUGCCUGCAGUGGGUCGGGCUGGGUGCCUUGGUCCCAAAGCCACUCAUGGUUGGUCAUGGAUGUGUGCAUCUCCUUUUCUUUGCCAUGGUUGGGAGGGACUGGGAGAGAAGAGGACAACAAAGGGUGAAUGUCAUUGGCUUUGGGGUUGGAAAGGGUGCCAGGAGGCAGUAACAGCAGGACAUUUUACCAGGAGCAUCUUGUGUGUUCUACGGAAGUGUCACCAUGCUCUCAUCUAAGGGCUAACCUUCUUCCUUCUCUUUCCUUAGGAGAUGAAUUAAAAUGCAGCACACCACGUGCACAGAGGACAGGAUCUACCAUGCACUGGAGAGAUGUCUGCAUGGGCUUAGCAGAGAUGCUGUUUCCAGCAGAUGGGCUGCAGGGCUGUGCCUGAACUGCUGGAGCCUGCAGGAGCUGGUGAGCAGGGAUGCUGGCAACUACCUCAUCCUGGUGGAGAAAAUCCUUGGCAAGGCCAGGGAGGUGCAGGAGAAGUGUGACUACGACCUGGUGAUGCCCCUGGCCCUGCUUUUCUACUACGCUGUCCUCUAUGCUCCCCACAUCCCACCAGACUCUGAGCUGCUCCUGAAAGCUGCCAGCAUCUACCACAGCUUCCUCACCUGGCCCAUGCCUUACUGCGAUGUCUUCCGUGAGCUGCUCACCUUCAUCAGUGAUGAGCUCAAGGCACCAGGGAUUUCCUUCCAGAGGUUGGUGAGGACGGAGCAGGGGCUGCCUGUGAAGAACUACCAGAGCUCCACUGUGACGGUGCUGCUGCUGAACCGCUCCGAGGUGCAGAGUGAGUUCCUCUCCAUCGCAGAGAAGCUGAGCAGCACUGAGCCCCCCCGGCACGCCGCGCUCAUCCUGCUGCUGGAGCACCUCUACCAGGUCACCUUCGGCACCCGCUGCGACCUGGGCAGCCUGCACUGCCUCCUGAAGGCCAAGACAUUGGAAGAGCUCUCUGAGAUCUACACCAGUGCUGCUGAAGCUCAGGAGGUUGCAGCUGCCAGCAGUGACCCCGUGCUGGCCCGGGAGCGGCUGCAGAGCGUUCUGCAGGACAUCGCUGGGGCAGCUGCACUUCCUACCAUUGCAGGAGAUGCACAGCCCCGCAGGCUGCAGCCCAUCCCCAUCCCUACUUCGCGCUGCUACACUUACAGCUGGGACCAGGAUAACUUUGAUGUCCUCAAUGAUGUCCUCAGCAAGGAGUGCAGCGUUGUUGAGCCUGUGGCCUCAGAGAAUGAGGAGGACGAGGAAGAGGAGGAGGAGGACGUGGAAACAGAUGGCUGUUCCCCAGAGAGGGACUCGCUGCUGUCCCCCAUCUCCUCCAUUUCCAAAGACUCCGUGUACUCAGCGCUGUCAGAAGAGGGACCCAAGCACUCCCGCGUGUCCCUCUUCAGCAGCUCCAAGGACUCCAUCUCAGAGCUGACAGUGGUCUCCAAAAAGUCCUUGCGGUCUUUUGUCUCCAGCCUGAAGGACUGCAUGGACAGCGGGUACGCAGAGGACAGCGACGAGAGCUCUCUGGACACAAUUGGGCGGCCGGAGCUGAAGAUGGAGAAGACCCACCACAAAUACAGACACACGCUGACCAACAAGAUCUACAAACUCUUCAAGAGCAAAAGCCAGCUGGUCCUGAGGAGAGACCUGAAGGACUGUCCAGAUACAGGCUCACUCCCACUGCGCCGUGCUGAGAGCCUGUGCCACCCCCAGGCCAAGCCCCGCAUCCCGGCACGCUCCCGGCGCGCUCACUCGUUGCCGCAGCACGGGCUGGGCCAGAGGCUGCAGACCCCGCAGACCCCACAGCUGCUCAGCCUGCCCCGCCGGCCCUUCCUCAGCUAUGACGAGGAUGCCAAAGUGGCCACCAUGCGUGUGGUGGUCUUUGGCUCCGACCGCAUCUCAGGGAAAGUAGCCCGAGCCUACAGCAACCUGAGGCUGAAGGAGAGCACCUGCCCUACACUGACAAGGUACUUCAAGCUGCAGUUUUUCUAUGUCCCCGUGAAGAGGAGCUGCCUGUUUCCAACAGCCCUGCUGAUGCAUCCUCCUCCAUCCCCAAGCGACCUGCAGCUCCGCACCUCACCACAGGUGGAGCCCACUUUGGCUGGGGCGGAGAGCAGCACCAACGACAUCUCCCACUACAUCGGCAUGUUGGACCCGUGGUACGAGCGGAACGUUCUGGGGCUGAUGAACCUGCCUAUGGAUGUCCUGUGUCAGUCUGCCAAGCCUGAGGCUGAGCCCCAGGAGGACUCCCGGGAGCAGCUGCCCAUCCUGGCCGACAUGAUCCUCUACUACUGCCGCUUUGCCACACGCCCCGUCCUGCUGCAGCUCUACCAGACCGAGCUCACCUUCGUAGGGGGGGAGAAGAUGACCGAAGUCUUCAUCCACUCCCUGGAGCUGGGUCACUCAGCAGCCACACGGGCCAUCAAGGCGUCAGGUCCGGGCAGCAAAAGGCUGGGCAUAGAUGGAGACAGAGAAGCAAUCCCACUAACACUACAGAUCGCCUACAGCAAGACAGCCAUCAGUGGAAGGAGUCAGUGGAACGAUGUUGAGAAGGUCUGCACAUCUGUUAACCUCAGCAAAGCCUGCAAGAAGUACGAGGAGCUGGCCUCAAAGACAGAGUGUCUCAACCUGACCAUGACGGAGGUGGUUAAAAGACAAAACUCCAAAUCCAAAAAAAGUUUCAAUCAGCAGCUCAGCGUGUCCCAGAUUAAGGUAGACAAGGUCCAGAUUAUUGGUGUCCAGUCCUCCUUCGCCGUGUGCCUGGAUCAGGAUGAGCAGAAGAUCCUGCAGAGUGUAACCAGGUGUGAGAUCUCUGUGUGCUACAGACCAAGGGACAGUGAUCCUCUUGCACUGAGAAGGUCCUCUUUGACUCCCCAGGACCCCUCUGAUUUUCAUUCUCUCCUGUGUUUACCCAUUUCCACCUUCAGUGGAGCGUUGCCAUAGAAGAACCCUGUGCUCUCAUUGGACCAGACAUGCAUCCAACACCAAAAUUAAGCUGUCCUGCUGAAGACCAGCCACUUUUGUCCAAGACAUCCUGCAGUCUGAAGCCAUAGUGUGGUGAUUGAACUGCUUCUGAUGUGAGCUUAGCCCAUCCUUGGGAAAUGAUGUUAGUGUCAGGCUCUGGUACAGCUCAGGAUUCCCUGGGAGGAAAGUGAGAUCUCCACCUGGUUCAGCAGGCUGCCAACACCAAACUGAGAGGAAAGGCGAGGACAGCGACGUUUUCCUGCCAGCAAAUGGUGCUGUGGCCAUACUUAGUGACUGCAAAGCCCAUGUGAUGCUGGGGGGAAUGCAUUCUGGAAAGUGAAUGUCUUUGGCUGAGUGGUGGUAGUGGAGCAGAUGCACGUGGAGUUGAAAACCACCCAGCCAAUGUUCUGAUGACAUUUCACUUGCAACAAGCCAGUGAUGCUGGGGAUGGGUCUCUGGGGAUAGGGACAGGCUUUCUCAGGGUUUGCUUUAAAUUAUGAGAGAUGGGUGCAGAGAAACAGCACAAUGCAGAAUGACCCAGCUGGGGCCCAGAAAGAGCCCAGUAUGGAUUAUGGACUGCUCUUUGUGUUCCAGUGAAUCCAGUGCAAUAGGCCAUACCAGGGCAUGGGCAGCUCAUCACACAUACGUGUUGGCUGUAAAUCCAGGACCUGCAGGAGAAAACCUUCCACCUCCUGCAGAGUUUCAGAGUUCAUCCAUUCAGAGUUGGUGUUCAGCUGGUGUUCUUGCAUCCUGCUGACCAGUGCAUGAGUACUAGAGACAUCCCAGAGGCUGAAUGCUCUAUAGGUGCUUGAGGUAGAGCAUAAACCAUGCUCUUGCUCAUAGGAGGGAGGGGAGUACUGGGUAAAGUGCUAGGAUUGCCUUGCCUCACCUCAGGGUGUGGCUUUGGUAGAGAAGGACCCAGCACCAAUAACACUAGUGAUGCUUGCAGGCAAUGAUAGCUCUGAGAUCCCCUCUGCCCUGCAAAGAGAGGUUCCUACCCCCGCCCCCCUUCUUUCUCUCUGUGAGGCCUUAGCUACAGAAAUUUGCAAUAGCUGGGAGCUUUUGGAAGUAUUUUGACCCCAGGAACAAUAAAUGGGGCUGGAAGUGCCUUGCUUGGUUUCACAACCCUCAGGUUAUUUCUCAGGGUGGUUGGACUAACGAUAGCUGGCAGAAGAGCAUGCUGCCUGUUGCAGGCUAGGAGUAUGCCAACACCAAGGAUGUGCUCCAUGGGAAGCAUCUGCAAGGGACCUCCAUCCUGCUGAGGCUGCGGGGCUCAGCCACGGUGAGCUCUGCUCCAUCUGGGUCCUCCAGCAAAUGGGGCCUGGGCAGCCCUUGGCACUAAUUGCAGUGAGACUGGGCUCCGUCCCAAGGCUUGUGGGCACAGCAGCUGUGUUCCCCUUGGUGGUGACAUUGGAGCAUUUUAAGUCCAACAGGCUCCAAGGACCGGGAUCAGAUUUUAAACAAGUUUUCCCACUGACUUUCCACAUUUCCCAGACAGCUCUGUGUGCGUUGUCUCAAAUGGGGCUGAAAUUUGACAGCUGUUUUUUUUCUUUAGUUGUUGUUCAAUUCGUUAAAAUAGCACCUUAUCCUGUCAAAACAGUGCUGUUUGUGAUCCCUAUAUCCGUGGCUAAAUAUAUUCCUGCUGCUGUCGGUGGUGCAAAGCUCUUUGGUCUCAGCUGGCCCUAUAGAACUACAGGAGAAGAGUUUCCACGCUGGGGAGGAAAAACAAGCACACCCUCUGGGGACUCGUAAUCCUGGCUCAUUUUUUGACCUCUGAUGCUUUCUGGAAAUGAAAAGAAGGAAGUGGAAGGUUCCUUCAGGCCGUCCUUGUACAUAUAUGUGCAGCCUUACCAAACCCGUGUCACGUUUGUGCUGAUCUGUAAAAUAGUGUUUAAAGGACUUUUAAAGUAACUGUAAGAUAUUAAAGGAGGAUUUAUUUCGAGUACAA